AUGCCACGGAGCAAAGAAAAAAAGAAAAGAGAGCAGCCAAGUAAUGCAGCCUUCAUCUCUGCUGUAAAAGAUGUUGUGGAGAACCAUUAUUCUGUUCGUGGGGCUGCUGACAAGUACGGAAUCUCCAAGUCAGCGCUAGCAAGACAUGUUUCUGCAUUCAAAGCUUCAGGCGCAUCAUCCUAUGAAUAUGCUCCAAAUUACGAUGUGAAAAAGGUGUUUACUGAAGCUCAGGAAACUAUGCUGGUGGAAUAUAUGAAGCAAGCUGCUUACAUGCAUUAUGGCCUCACCAUUCUUGAUCUACGCAGACUUGCUUACGAGUUUGCAAAAGAAAAUAAAGUUAAAUACCCCACAAAAUGGGAUGAAGAUAAAUUAGCUGGAGAGGGGUGGACAAGACUCUUUAGGCAACGGCAUUCCUCUGAAUUGUCAUUACGUAAACCUGAGGCAACUAGCCUAUCCAGGGCUACCUCUUUCAACAAACACAAUGUUGGUCUAUUUUUUGCAAACUAUAUUGAAGUCCUUGGCCGCAGCCAAUUCGGCCCAGAAAGAAUUUACAACUUAGAUGAAACAGGCCUGUCAACUGUUCAGAACCCACCUAAGGUAUUAGCCCCUAAAGGUGUGAAAGCUAUUGGAGGUAUGACAUCUGCAGAGCGCGGUACUAAUGUAAGCAUGAUAGCAGCGGUGAAUGCUCUAGGGAACACCGUUCCUCCCCUUUUUGUGUUUCCCCGCGUUCACUUUAAAAGUAACAUGCUAAAAGGAGCACCACCAGGCUCAAUUGGAGCAGCAGCACCAUCAGGUUGGUCCAAUGAGAACAUUUUUAACCAAUAUUUUGAACAUUUUGUGAAGCACACCAAGCCAACCAUUGAGAGCCCAGUUAUUUUGCUGCUAGACAACCAUGAGAGCCACGUUUCUGUGAGAGCAAUCACUCUAGCUAAGAAAGUUGGUGUGCAUAUGGUCACUUUCUAUCCCCACACCUCUCACAAAAUGCAACCUCUAGACCGCACAGUCUUUGGUCCAUUUAAAACGUAUUACCAUAAGGCUAUUACUGACUGGAUGACUUCACCUGGCAACCAAGGGAAACCACUAACAAUCUACGAUGUAGCUGAAAUUGCUGGAAAAGUCUACAGCAAAGCUUUUACACCGUCCAACAUAAUUGAGGGAUUUAAAGUUACUGGCAUUUUCCCUCUAGAUCAAGAUAUUUUUAAAGACCACGAGUUUCUGCCAGCUAAUGUGACAGAUCGUCCUGCUCCUACCUCUAGCCCUUGUCUUCAGGACCGUCAGGUAGACCUGCCAUCAGAAUCACAGCAACCAUCGACCUCAUCUGAUGUGCAACCAUCGACCUCAUCUGAUGUGCAACCAUCGACCUCAUCUGAUGUGCAGCAGGAAGAUCCAUCGACAUCCCCCAAAGUGCCAGCUUCAACUCCCAGCCAUAUUAUUACCCCAGAAAUGUUAAGGCCUUUCCCAAAGGCAGAGGCUCGCAAAAGUCAAGGCAAUACCAAAUGUAGGCCUAAGGGAAAAUCUAAAAUCAUGACGGACACCCCAGAAAAAGACGAAAUUGAAAAUAUGAAAAAGAUAAAGAUGGAGGGGAAACAAAGAAAGGGAUUGAAAAAAAUAACGGAUCACAAUGCAGAGAAUGUCUUGAGGCUAAAAAGAGAGAAAAUGAAUAAGCUACAAAGAGAGAAAAUAAACAAGGUACGUUUAAACUUAAAAAAUAUGUUUAAGAAGGGAAAAGACUCAAGUGAUGAAGAUUUGCCAAAUUUUUAUGAUGAAAAGAAUGAAAACCCUGAUGAUAUGUUUGAGUUGUCCGAUGAAGAUUAUCCUGAAGCAAAAGAACUUGAAAAGAACCUCAAUCUUGAAGAGUUAAAAAAUGGAGAUAUGUUCUGGUAG